AUCUCUGCAGCCGGGGGUCACGGCUUUCCUGUUUAUCUAUUUAGAUUUAUAUUUUCAUUGAGUAUUCGCAGAUUCCCUAUCUGUGCUACAGCCAUGUAUACUACGGUUACGACCUAUAGAACUGUAUGUCAUGACUUGUUGGUGAUGUUUUUGUCGACGCUUAUCAGUUACCAUAAUAUUUAGUUUGACGUGUGAAUUGUGAUACACCGUAUACACUACACAUUCGACACCGUCCAAAAUCGGUUUGUCGGCUUAUAUACAAUAAUAUUUGUAAAUACAUAAUUAAUAAAGUAGUUACACUAUCAUCAGUAACGUCGGUACAAACGUUUUGUUGGUUCUGAACUAAACUCCGGAACGCACUACGCAUAAACAAUAAUUAAUAAGAUAUGCAAAAAUCGCCGUUUUUGCUUCAACUCCAUACAUGUACGUGCUGUUAAUAGUUGAUCAACACGCAGUACACAUCAAACAUUCCUGAACGACUAUGCUAUUCGAUGUCAGCAAGUACGACAGUAGUGUAAAUCAUAGAACACCGAUACAGAUACUGUUGCUACAGUAUUAACAGAAUUUAUGUUAUAUUAAAAUAAAUUAUAGAGAAACCAUGGACUAGAAGUCUGUGGAGCUGUGCAUUUUCAAGUCUCAAUGUUUCUAAUAUUCCAAAAAUUGCAUUUAUUGUUGGUUGUGGUUCCCUGAUGAGCUUUUGUAUUUACAAUGCAACUUUGAUUGCUUUACAAAGCUAUCAAAUAACGAUUUGAAGUCUAUGGCAUCUUAAGCGCAGCUAUCAUAUAUUGUACUACAAUAUAAUUUGAACCAGUAUUUUUAAAUGAUAAUUAAUCAGUCUAUCGAAAAAAUGAUACUGUGAUACGUCUUUCAGAUAUCAUUUAAAAAGGGACUAUGUACUCGGUACUCACAAAUUAAUAUUGUAUCAUCUGUGUUGAAAGAUUAACUUAAGAGCUCAUUUGAAAAUCCGAUGGUAAAUAUACAGUCGCUAGAUUUCAGCUAAGCUGUUUUUCCACUUGCCGGAUUUUUCUGUUUGCUAAUGAAAUAAUUUAAUAUUUAAGAUUACUCCACGGUAAGUAAUAGCUGUUAAAUUGUCCUGCAUUUUAUUUUAAGUACUAGUUAUAUAUUGGUUAUUGGUUACCUAUCGAUGACUGAUGUAUAAUACAACUUUGAAUAUUAUUUAUUGAUAAUCAUUAAACGCGCAUAGCAAGGAAUAAACUCGGCGGAAUCGGAGCGGCAUCUAAUUUGUAAGUAUCUUGUAUGACACUUCUGAACAAAAUCUUUAUUUAAAAUAGGUUUAAGGCAAAUUAAAUGGUACCUAAUCAAAAUCACGUCUAAGAAAAACAGCUCUAGGAAAAUCGGACAUCUGUUGUUUUUGUGAUUUAUAAGCAAAUUUUAAAAACUGCAUCCAUCAAAAUGUAACAAUAUAAUAUUUAUUUAUUACAUAGUGAUUGUAAUGAGUAUGAAGUCAGAUUGUUUAAACAGAUCUUAACAUAUAUAUGUAUUCUGAUAUUAUCAUUACUCAUAUUAUGUAAGUACAAUAUGUACUUACUAUAAAGGUGCAUACAUAACAUAAUGCUUAUAAUACUGUCAUCAUUUAAUUUGAAUCAUAAGAAGAGUACCACCAAAUGAAAGGAUAAUGGAAGUGGCUAAAAUGAGAAAAAUGGGUGUGUGAGUGAUAAGAUUUGACAAUAAAAUGAAUUGGUAGGUAAUUAAGAAAAAGUUUGACAGGUGUGGCAAAUACUAAUAGCAGUAAAAGUAAGAAAAAAUAAAUUGAAAUGUUAUGUGUGUGUGUAUAUUGAAAGAUAAGAAAAAUGUAUAAUAGGAAAACAAGUUAAAAAGAUCACAAUUCACAAUAGAGGGAAGUAGUGGACUUUAUGAUACAAACGGUUCGUUAUAAUUUGUUUUAAUUUAAGAUUUACUAUGUAAAAUAAUAUUGUACACUACAAUUAACCAUUUGUCGAAUUUUAAGACUUGUCAGUUGUCCAAAUGUGUGCAAAACAUUUUUGUUUUUAUUUUAUCAGUUUAGACUUAGGUAAGGAUAGAGUAUUCGUAAUAAUUGUUUGACCAAAAACAAGGUAUAUUACCAAUUUUAAGAAAAAUUAAAUUUUCUAGAUUUGUCUGUUUUAAUACAUUAUUUUUUCUAUAUUUAUCGUUUAAAAAAAAAAAACUAUAUUGGCUGCUAAAAUGUAGAUAUUAUAUUUACAUGUUGUGUAUCAUUGCGUUGUACUAUGUGUAGGUAAUACCUAAUAUUAUUUUCACCCACUGGUAAAUGUAAACUACAUUUAAUAAUAUAUUGUUAUAAUUAAAAACGUGUUUGCUUGUAUUAGAAAAACAUAUACAUACAUUAUACGUUGUAUUUUUCUCAACGCUGUUUGGUGGGAGUAUAAUAUUAUGAUCCACAGAAAAAAUUAAGACACUUUUCGUUUUAGUACUAAUCGCGGUAUCGCAUCGUAACGUUUUCUAAACAAAGUGAUUUUAUAAAUUUAAAACAUUUUAUACACCCUCUAAACCAGAAGUCAUAACCCUUUCUGAAAGUGACAUAUUUUAGUGAAUUAUUAAACGCGUUUGUCUCAUACUUAUCGACCUAUACGGUGAUGAUCUACGAAUGAUGUUACUUUCAACGUCACGACUCGUUUCGAAAAUGAAAUCCGGUUUGGCCACCUGCUGUUUUGGUUUUGAACAUUAGAUAUGUAAACGAAACCAUUAACAAGAUUGUGAGUUCAUAAAAACGUUAUAAAAAAUGGCUUACACGCGGGUCUGUGUCAAGUGCAAUAGUUUUUGGCACGGUUAAGAUGAGUUGGAACAGCCACUAGCUAUGAAAUUAACCAGUUAAUAUUUUAAAAGGCAUUACACUUUAAGUAACUAUUCUUUUUCAUACUUCUACAGUUGUUAGCCUAAAUCUGAUAUAUUUUCAACUAUACAACCCCAUAUAACCCACAACCUUAUACAAUUUGAAUGGUCAUUAACCAGUUUUGGAUUAUUACUUUUCGAGUUAUUUAAUAAUACUACACCAACUCCACCUUUCUUCCCGUCUUGAAUUUUAAACUUAAAUAACUUUAAAAGUAAAUAUCCAAAACUGGUUAUCAACCAUUCAACAUUUUCAGAAAUGUAUUCUAAAUUUAAAGAGUUAAAAUAAUAAUAUUAUGUACGUUGCGAUUUAAAAAUCUUAAGUUCAUAAAUUUUUAACGCACUAGGGAUGGUUAUAUUGUUGAAAAAUAUAUCAAAUUUGAGCUAACUAUCACCUAUAAAAUUGUUAAAAAGAAUUAUUUAAAAGUCUAAUAUUUGUUUGAAUGGUGGGUCACAUAGAUAACCAAUCGCCUUGUAUAAACAAAAUUUGUUUUCAAUACUAUAUUACACACGAACGAUUCCACUAGCUAAUGUUUGUUGCUUGUUAGUUAUUUUCGAGGAACUAAGCAUCCUCCGUAAGCAUCCCCCAGUUUGCCACUUAAGUCAACACGUUUUUAAGAAUUUUUAUUUUCCAAUGAUAUUCACAUUUGGCUAAUAGGUGUAAUAAAUAAGAAUGCUAGUUAUGUAUUAAUAUUAUAAAGCACUUAAAACAGUAAUAAUUAAUAUAUUCAGCGCAUAUCUUUUACAUAACAUAAUGUGUCUCUUUGUGUUGUUUGGUGAAGCAUUGCGGUUUUUUUUAACCUAACCUGAGAGGGAACUGUUUGCACACCAUCGAUAAUUGACAUCACACAUACAAUUAAUGAUUAAUUGUAAAUAUAAAAACCCGUUUUCCUCUGAACGAGGCGAGCUCGCGAACAACAACUUAAUUAAUACAAUAAAAUAAAUAUCUAAAUUAUAAAUAAUAUACAUCUUUCGAAUCUGUAUUCCGACGUCAUUUUCCUGUUUAUUUUUCUGAAACCAUUCCCAUCUGCAUCAGCCUCUCAUCCAUCUUCUUUCCUUGAAAGGGUCCGUAUCGACGAAAGUGAUAAUUUUCAUAAUAUUAUGUUUAAGCAUCGAUGCGGAGUUGAGAAGGUAUUGUAUUAAUUACAAUGUGUUUUUUUUUUAAAAACUUUUUUUUGUGCCUGGACCCACGAUAUUAUCUUUUAAACCGCCGAACCGAUUUGUUCGUGUAGCAACUCUAUAGAUCACAAAUCGUAUAUAUGAGAUACUUUAUUGGACCAGUUAUUGGAAAAGUUUUAAAAAAAUCACCCUUUCCCCUUCAAAAUCGAAAAAACGCAGUUCUACGGAUUGACGUCGACAAACCAAAAAAAUAUCAUAUACUCUUUGCCCUAGACAUUUUUUCUUUAUUUCACUUUUUCAAACAACGAUUUUGUGAUUUAGGUCUGAAAAUUAGACUACAGGUAGAUCUAGAAUGGAUAUGCUAUAGCGUACACCAUUUUUUCAAAAAUUACUGCUACUCACUUGUGUAUAAUAUACUUUCUUAUUGAGAUGGUUUGGACUGCACCGACUGUAAAUGUGUUUAAUGUGUAAUUAUUUUAAAAAUACAUUCCCGCCUGGGAUGGGUACCUAUAUUAUAAUAUAGUUGUACUCGAUGCCCUUAAGACAUUGUCCGGUCGUUGUACUAAUUACAUUCCGCAUCGGGGCACUACUCGUGUAACACCUAGAUAGUCUAACGUUUCCCACACCACUUGAGGACGAAUAAUAAUUACCUAUACACUGCAUUUUCGCAUAACGCGGUUGCACUAUUGUGGCGGAUGUACCGCGACAAAAUGAGUCCGAAUAUUAUGCAUUUGUGCCGCUGGCCGCCGUGUCGUUUGUUCCGUGUAAUGCGUGGCCGCGGAUUUAUUCAUUUUUAUGAAACAAUUAUUUUAUUUUUUUUCGUUUUGAUCAGUUGGCGCACAAACGACGAUCAUGGCCCAUCAUGGGAUGCCGAUCGCCGAGUACGUGUACAUUGAACACCUGAAAGAAACUAUGGACGACCACCGCGGUGGUCGGCAAGACAACGUGUACGCGAAAUUCUUGGACGAGCCGAACGCGGCGGCCCGUUUCCACUAUGUGUACGGGCUGUUGGACGCCUCCGGUUGGCUGCCCAAGAGGGACGGCACCACGAUAAAACUGUCGCAGGCCCACCGGCGGUGGCGCAGGCGAUUGCGGAAAGAGCUGAAGGGCAUCGGCGCCCGCGCCGACAUGGACAACUCGGUGAUAGACAAGAGCGACGACGUGGCCGGCGUGUUCAGGUCGCGCGGCAACGACGAGUUCAAGGCGAAGAACGACGAGGAAUCGCUGUGCCUGUACACGCGGGCAGUGAUGAUCGCCAGCGUCAACUCCGCCGACUACUCGCUGGCCGUGGCCAACCGGUCGGCCGUCCUGUAUCAUAUGCACGAAUACCGGCUGUGCGUCGAGGACGUGGACAGGGCCCUGCGCACCGGCAUGUACCCACCGGCUUCGGUGCACAAGUUGUUGGAAAGGAAAGCCAACUGUUACCGGCAACUGGGCGACGUAUCGCUGGCCGUUGAACUGUACUGGAAAAGUCUUGAGGCUCUGGGCGAAGCUCUAAUGUCGGCUACCGACAGAGAAACGAUUGUCACCAGGAUUUCCAAUAGCAUUGAAGAGUGCCAACGCCCGGCGGAGGUGAACGUCGUGGAGAAAUCACAAAAGAUAUCUUUGCACUUUACGGGACGUGCCAACUGCAAUGUUCCCGCCUUGGCUGAAUCUGUUGAAGUCGUACAACUAGACGAUAUGGGACGAGGUCUGGUCGCUACUAGAGAUAUCGUUCCUGGCGAAAUACUUAUUAUUGAAAAACCUUACGCUGGAAUUUGCAAGAAUGACGAAUGGAAGUACAAUUGUGAUUAUUGUUUCAAGCGUUGUCUGGCGGCCAUACCGUGUCCCAAAUGUACAAAGGUUCUCUAUUGUGGUCAGACUUGCUUGGAAAAAGCUUACGACACUUACCAUAAAGUCGAGUGUUCGAUUGUGUACCCUCUCAAGGGCGACCCCACCGUGGAGUCGACACAUGCUCUGGCAAUGCGUUGUUUCAUAACGCUGUCCAACAAGUUGGGCAUUGAGCGGUAUUGUUCGUCAGUGGAACAAUUCGAAAGUGCUCGGUCGAAGGGUGGCGGUAAAUUUGACGAAAGGCUGUUGGCUGACGAAUUUUACUCCAUUUACACGUUGAACGGUAACGAGACGACCAGGGCGGUGGAAAAUCUGUUUUUCAUACACUGCUCGGCUUCUGUAAUGCUUUCGCUGUUGCUACUCAACGAAAACUAUCGCAUACCGACCGGUCUGAUCGACACGGUCGGCAAAUCGCUGGUGCACUUGUUGUGCGUGACAAACCUGAACUCUUACGUGUCCAUGGAACUCCCAGACCACGUGAAAAACGAGGUCCAAGUACCUAACGUGUGCAUGAACCUAACCACUAUUGCUUUGGUACUGUGUCCUGCGUACAGUCUGAUCAACCAUUCGUGCGAUCCCAACGUGAUCGUUCACACGUACAACGGAGUGGAGGUCACCCGAGCGCUCCAGCCUGUCGCUAAAGGAUCGCAACUGCUUACCGAUUAUGGCAGUAAUUUCAUGUUACGCUCAAAAGAGGAACGCAAUAAACAUCUCCUAGAACAAUAUCAGUUUCAAUGCCGUUGCCAAGCUUGUGUGGAAAAUUGGCCGAUGUACCUGUCCAUGGACUCCAUGUCUUUGAGUGAAUCUCAGUCGCUCGAUCGGGACAUGAAAUGCUUGCCGGCAGAGAUGUUGGAAAAAUUCCACGAAAUAACUAACAAGUUACUACCACACCGAAAAGUAAAAGCCCAACACAUGGACUUCUUGUUUGUGUUUUUAAAUCUAUUACGUUUGCAUGUAAAAAAACCGUGUACCAUGUAUUACAAGUGCAUCGAGAUGAUCAAACAGUGUUUGUAUUAUACUUCAAACGAGCAUAUAGUUGACGAUAAGUAUACUACCAAAUAAAACCUCAUGGGAUGUGUACAUCCAUACAAACAAGCAAAUGAUAUAUCACAUAAAUCAUAAUAAUUAUACUACAAUAUAUAAUUAUUAAAACAACAAAAAUGUUUAAACGGACAUUAUUAAAACUAUGGAACGUAUGAUCAUACUGUGAAAUCUAUUGUUUUUUUUUUUUGGAAUUAUAUUUAAGUUAUUUAAUAUUUGUUAUAGUUGGUAUUAAAUAUGUAAUUACAACAUUAUUGAGGUGUAUAUUGGAUUAA